AUUUAGCUACCCAAAAUAACACAUUAAACUUCGAAGUAUCGGAUAUUACUUAUCUUCCAAAUUUCGUUACCUCAAUUCCAUCUAUCUCAGGCAUGUCUGAUCUCAUGGCUUCCCCUUCUUCUUCCAAGCCUCACAACUACAAAUUCAAAGUCUUCUCGAGCUUCCACGGGCCCGACGUCCGUAAAACAUUACUCAGUAACUUGCGCGAACAUUUUCAAGGCAAGGGGAUAACUAUGUUUGAUGACGAAAAGAUUAAGAGAGGCGGAGACCUCUCUCCUUCACUCAAAAGAGCUAUAAAAACAUCGAAGAUCUCGAUCGUGAUUCUCUCCCAGAAAUAUGCUUCUUCAAGCUGGUGUUUGGAUGAAUUGUUGGAGAUCAUGAAGCGCAAAAAGGCUAUGAAACAGAUAGUGAUGACCGUCUUCUACGGAGUAGAGCCAUCCGAUGUGCGGAAGCAGACCGGGGAUUUCGGGAUCGCUUUCAAUAAAACUUGUGUGAAUAAGACGGACAAGGAAAGAAAGGAAUGGAGCAAAGCUUUGACUGAUGUGAGCAAUAUUGCUGGAGAAGACUUCAAGAAAUGGUUUGUGUUCAAUCGAUCAACUAAGUAAUUUUAUAAAAAUACCAUUAAAAAACCACAGUAUUAAGUCUUUAUUCCAUAAGUACUAUCACUAGUUUAUUUUCCCAAUAAUACCAAAAAUUCAGUAUUAUGUCAAAAAAAACUUAAAAAUGUGGUAUUUCAAAGAAUUGCCCAUAAGUUUAUUUCUUAGGUGGUGUUAUUCAAUUAUGGAGUUAAAGUCAAUUCUUUAAGCUUUAGACUUGUUUUCUGAUAUUGAUUUUAAGAAUAUGUUUGUAUGAAUUUCAAAAUCUCUGCAAUAUGUCUUGGAUUUUGAUUCUAGUGAUUUACUCAUGAAACUCCAAAGAGGUUUCAUUUCAAAUGAAUUAAUAUACAAAGAUUUUACAAGUCUUUUAGUUUUUAAUAACGCUGGAUUUUAAUGAAAUAUUUAAAAUCUUAAUUGAAUAACAUCAAACUUUAAAAUCUAUUAAGCAUGAUUUACAAAGAUGAGUUCCAAUAACACUAAAUUUUAAAGUUGGAUAUAGAAUCAUUAGUUGAAUAACAGUGGAUUCGGCUUGGAUUUCAAUUCUAUUAAAAUCCAUUAACGAAUAACACCCCCUUAGGUUCUAUUACGUGGUAAUCACAUGAUAAAAGAAACGAAUGGUUAAUGGUGUUUUAUGAUGCAUAUGGUAAAAAUAAGGAAUGUUAAUUUUUAUAGAUUAAGGGAAUGUUUUUGUUGAAUAAAUAUUAGAAAUAGAUGUAAUAAAUUAUUGGAAAUAGUGGGAAUGUUGUCACUGCAGUGACUAUUUGAUGGAAACACUGCUUUUUCUUUUCUUUCUAUUUUGUUAGGGAUAAUGAAGCGAACAUGAUCAAGAAGAUUGCAAGGGAUGUUUCAUAUAAACUUAAUGCUACACCAUCAAAGGAUUUUGAAGAUAUGAUGGGACUAGAAGCUCACUUGAAGAAAAUCCAGUCUUUGUUACGUUUAGAUUAUAAGGAUGAAGCUCUGAUAAUUGGAAUCUCUGGUCCUGCGGGCAUUGGUAAGAGUACCAUUGCUAGAGCUUUGGAGAGCCGACUCUCUGAUAGGUUUCAACUUACAUGUUUUAUGGAUCUUAGAGGAAGCGAGAAUAAUGGUCUUCACGAUUACGGUCAGCAGUUGCGUUUACAAGAACAACUUCUUGCAAAGGUUUUGAAUCAAGAUGGUACGAGGAUAUGCCAUUUAGGAGUGUUACAACAAAGGCUAAGCGACCUGAGAGUGCUUAUCAUUCUUGAUGAUGUGAGUGAUAUAAAGCAAUUAAAGGCUUUGGCUAAGGAAACUACUUGGUUUGGUCCUGGAAGUAGGAUUAUUGUGACAACCGAAAACAAAGAUCUUUUGCAGCAACGUGGCAUCGAUAGUACGUACCAUGUAGGAUUCCCAUCUAGAGAAGAAGCUCUUGAAAUCUUCUGUAAAUUUGCUUUUGAACAAAGCUCUCCACCUCAUGCUUUCGAGAAGCUUGCAGCGAGAAUAACACACUUAUGUGGUAACCUCCCAUUGGGUCUCUGUGUGAUGGGUUCAUCUUUAUUUGGGAAGAAGCAGGACGAAUGGGAAUUUGUAGUGCAUAGGCUAGAAACUAAUCCUGGUCAAGAAAUCGAUGACGUAUUAAGAGUCGGCUAUGAAAGGUUACAUGAAAAUGAUCAAAUGCUAUUUCUCCACAUUGCAAUUUUCUUCAACUACAGAGACCGUGAUCUUGUGGAAGCCAUGCUUGCUGAUGAUGGUAACUUGGAUGUCGGAAACUGGCUGAAAUUCCUAAUUAACAAAUCUCUGAUAGAGAUAUAUCGCACUGGACAAAUAGUGAUGCACAAGUUACUACAACAAGUGGGUAGACAAGCCAUUCGUAGACAGGAGCCUUGGAAACGACAAAUCUUAAUAAAUGCCAAUGAGAUUUGCGAUCUCCUUCGAUAUGAGAAAGGUACUAGCUGUAAUGUGUCUGGCAUAUCAUUUGAUACAUCAGGAAUCAGUGAAGUGACUAUAUGUGAUGGCGCUUUCAAAAGACUGCAUGAUCUUCGAUUUCUCCAUGUUUACAAAAGUAGAGAUGAUGGGAAUAACAGAGUGCACAUACCUGAGAAAGUGGAGUUUCCACCUCGUCUAAGGUUACUGCAUUGGGCAGCAUACCCAAGCAAGAGUCUUCCUCCUACAUUUAAUCUGGAAUGUCUUGUAGAACUCAAUAUGCGGGAAAGCCUGGUCGAGAAGCUAUGGGAAGGAACCCAACACCUUAAGAAUCUCAAGUAUAUGGAUUUGACUGAGUCCAAGAAUUUGAAGGAACUCCCAGAUCUUUCAAAUGCUACAAAUCUGGAGUAUUUUUAUCUGGAUAACUGUGAGAGUUUGGUAGAGAUCCCAUCCUCUUUUGCGCAUCUGCAUAAACUAGAGUGGUUGGAGAUGAAUAACUGCAUAAACCUACAAGUCAUUCCAGCUCACAUGAACUUGACGUCCGUUAAGCAAGUCAAUAUGAAAGGAUGCUCAAGAUUAAGAAAAUUUCCAGUUAUUUCAAGGCACAUCGAAGCACUGGAUAUAUCAGACAACACAGAGCUAGAAGAUAUGCCUGCAUCAAUUGCGUCUUGGUGUCAUCUUGUGUAUCUCGAUAUGAGCCACAAUGAAAAGCUCCAGGGAUUAACACAACUCCCCACGAGUUUGAGACAUCUAAACCUAAGCUAUACUGAUAUUGAGAGUAUUCCAGAUUGCAUCAAAGCUCUUCAUCAGUUAGAAGAGCUUUGUCUAUCUGGCUGCACAAGACUAGCAUCAUUGCCAGAUCUCCCUUGUUCAAUCAAAGCCCUAGAGGCUGAAGAUUGUGAAUCACUGGAGAGUGUAUCUAGCCCUUUAUACACUCCAAGUGCGCGCCUCAGUUUCACCAAUUGCUUUAAAUUGGGUGGAGAAGCACGGGAAGCAAUAAUCCGACGAUCAUCGGAUUCUACCGGGUCGGUUCUGUUACCAGGAAGAGAAGUGCCAGCAGAGUUUGAUCACAGAGCCCAAGGAAAUUCUUUGUCCAUUCUUCUCCCAUUGGGUGGUAAUUCCCAAUUUAUGGUAUGCGUCGUGAUUUCCCCUCGCCAUGAUAUCACAAAAAUGAGUAAUGAGUCGGAACUGUUAUGUCGCAUCAACGGCGAAUCAUGCUCUUAUGACGAGGAGUUCGAUAUAGUUGAUGUCUCAAACUGUCGAAGGGAACAUCUAUUUAUAUUUCACUCAGGCUUGCUACGUAUGGGCCGUUCUGAAGCAGGCACAGAGAUGGUGUUCGAAUUCAGCAGCGCAUUACAAGAAGACUUCGACAUUAUUGAAUGUGGUGUCAAGAUCUGGACCCCACAAAGCAUCAGACGAGGAUACCUAGCGUUUGGAGAAGACGAUGACGGAACAGAUGGAGUAAUAUGUGACACGGAAGACGUCGAUCAGAUGACGGACGAAACCAAGGGAGGCAACAAUGGAGGAUCUAGCGAUGAAGAGGAUGGCAAAAUCCACAUGUAUUCACAUGAAUCCGGAGAAACGUCUGAAUCUGAAUCUGAAUCUGAGAAAGAAGACGAAUCUGAACCUAGAGAAACGUCCGAGGCAGACGCGGACGGGGACUACGAGUCUGUAUCCAGGAAGCGUGCGAAGAAGACGACGAGUGCUAGUACAGAUCUUAAGUUGGUUUCUAUAGACUACUUGCGGAUUUCAAAUCUUUUAAAAUAUAUUUUCCUUAUUUUAGUAUUGCUUUUAAUCCUUGUUGUACUUAUGUCUAUGCGACUUUUUCUUGCUUGAAAGCAUGCGGUCUUUGUUUUAUGCAUCAAAUUCGCCUGUCCCCCAUUAGCAUUUUUUUCUCCAAAAAG